AUGAAACCCAGGCUCACGGCGUCAAGUGUCCGCAGCAAAGAAGCCCGUUUUGCUCCUCAUUCCCGCAAUCUACCACGCGAGACAUUCCUUCCUCUUCCAGACAGCUUCUGGAAGUCCGACCCGAGCAUGUGGGACAUGACGCCCGCGGCGCCCAGACGGGGGGCCCAGCAGUGUCCGCCCUCGUGGAUCCCACAGGCCACCGCGGUGGGCGAUCUCGACACUAACCCCCACGACCUCCUGCGCUGA